AUGAAAUUUGGAAAAGUUAUCGACGUGCGAGAGGCGAAUCAGAAAAAAGAUUAUCUGGUCGUACUGAAGGGCAUUGACAAUCCAUCUUGGGUUCCAGAGAGCGAGUUCACAUCGCAGAGAGUCACUUUGAAUGGAGGCACUGUGUGCACAAAUGUUGUCUACUAUGCUCGAAAAGCCGAUCUGAAAGUUCAUAUCGCCAACAAACAUAAUCGAAAUGAUUAUCCAACUUACAUGCGGCAUUUGCAAAAAUGGAUUCAUCUGGAAGAAAGAUUUAAAGAGACAUGA